CUCAGAGUGCGUUUUUGCUUGUGGCUGACAGUAGCAGCAGCUGACUUCCGCAGCCUCGGCGUUGGAUUUCCACAUGAACGUGAGCGCAGGAGGCGCACAGGACGCGCGUUUCGGGGCACACUCGGGACACAUCCACGCGCUUGAGUAAGCUGCUGGGAGACAAAAAGCACACCCCCUGUGGGGGUAAAGACUUGACAUAAACUUUACUGAAGAGUUGGAAGCUUAAAGACUCGUUACUCGUGCGGAAUCGGAGUGUUGUUUUUUUUUCUCUAUUUUAAUUGUUUCUCUGGAAAACAUUGGAAAAUGUUUAACAAAUUCUCAACUGUGUUGUUGAAUGCGCUCUUUCUUGUGCGGGCGCUCUCGGCUCACGAGUGCACGCUCUGUAACCUCCGGACCUGUCCCAUUAAACCCCCGCAUGGCUGCGAGGGUGGCCGGAGCGUGGCUAAGGAUCCAUGCGGAUGCUGUGAUCAGUGCGCGCGGCUGGAGUGGGAGCCGUGCGGCGGUCCGGACUGGACGCUCGGUUACUGCGCUCUGGGUCUGACCUGCGCCUCUCUUAACGGCACGCGAGCCGCCACCAUACCUGAGACUGGAGUUUGUAAAGUUCUUCCACAGCAUCCAGAUGCAGGUCUCGAGGAUGAGCGCUGCCCCCUGAUAACAGGCUGCGACAAAGCUGGAAAUCAGUGCUUAUGCGAUGCCCGCCACUCCUGCUUGAGCUCCUUUACAUACCCAGACCAAGAAGCUUGCAUGAAAUCCAUCAAGUCAGAUGGUCGGAGGCACGAGCACCGGGAGAGACACAGGGAAAAGUACGUGGGACCUUCCAACCCGGCGUGCAUGUUCUCUGGGUGUAACCUGACCGCUGAGGGCUGCGUGUGCGAGUCUCAGAGCUGCCACCACCACUUUGCCUACAUCAACCGAAGCCAAUGCCAGGAAGCAGCAGAUCAGUUGAGGUGUGCUGGGGUUAAAUGCCCAACUUUGCCAGUGCCUUCCUGCCCCGAAGACUCAGUCCUGACUAAGAGUUACACGCCCCCUGCUGGCUGCUGCCCAUCCGUAACACCCCAGUGUUCUUGCAACUUCCGGGCCUGCCAGAAACUCCAGUGCCCAAGCGGAGAGCACCGGGUCCUCCUCAGUCAAGCCAGCGGUCAGCCAGGAAACUGCUGCGAUGUCUUUGAGUGUCGUAAAGUCUCUCCCAAAUGUGUCCAUAAUGGGAAGGAGCUCUCUGAUGGAGAGGUGUACCGCAUGGACUCCUGCUGGCUGUGCCAGUGCAGAGGAGGAAUCUCCUUCUGCUCCAAGGCAGAGUGUGCUGAGCUGGACUGUGAAAACUUCUACGUUCCUGAGGGCGAGUGCUGCCCUGUCUGCAUAGAUGUGGAGUUGUUGUCUGUGGACAGCACCAAGGCCAGCUGCUGGGUGAACAACAAGCUGCGAGCGCAUGAGGAGCAGUGGAAAGAGGACGACUGCACCUUCUGCCAGUGUGUGGAUGGAGAUCCACACUGCACGGCCAUGGCCUGCAAACAGAGCUGCCAAAAUCCUGUGAAGAUCCCAGGAGAGUGCUGCCCAUUCUGCGAAGAGCCAACUUAUGAAACCGUGAGCCCGAUUCUCUGCCCUCCCUUGCAAAACUGCUCCCUGUCAGUGAACGACUGUCCUUAUGGCUUCUAUCAGGAUGUAAACGGGUGUCUCCUUUGCCAGUGUCUCAACAAUGACUCCUGCCCAGACCUGGGAAGACACUGCUCUCUCCAGUGCCCACUGGGAUUUGAGAAGGAUGACUUUGGCUGUGAGGUGUGUGAUUGCGUCACUCCGAUGCCCAAGUGCCGACCUCUGACCUGCACAAAGACCUGCCCAUAUGGAUAUGUGAGGAACAAACACGGCUGUGAGAUGUGUCGCUGUGUCAAGUGUCCGCCCUUUACCUGUGACAAGCACUGCAAUAACGGCUACCGGCAGAACAGAAAGGGCUGCUCUGUGUGCAUGUGCAAAGAAAGCAUCCCCAGCCCCACACUCCCAGCUCCAACGCCCAGCUAUUGUCUCACCUCCAAUGGACACCGCUAUGAAGAAGGUGACAGCUGGCAUGAUGGCUGCCGUGACUGUUAUUGCCACUCUGGGAGGGAGAUGUGCGUGCUCAUUUCCUGCCCUAUGCCCAGCUGCUCACAUCCUGUUGUCAAGCCGGACCAGUGCUGUCCUUCCUGUGAAGACGAGUCAGGCAGUGGUCAGCCAGAAGGAAUGGAUGUCAUGGUCUGUAGAGCACCUGGAGGGGAGUUUUAUGUGGAAGGAGAGACCUGGAACCUGGACGAGUGCACUCGCUGCACCUGCAGGAAGGGACGAGUCCUGUGCGACACCGAGGUGUGUCCUCCAGCUCUCUGCCAGACACCGAUCAGAAACAAGGAUACUUGCUGCCACGUUUGUCCAGAGGAGACACUGGGCCCCUUGCUGCCCGUGAACAGAAGUCAGCAGCAGUACUGCCUAACUGUUGAAGGAGAGGUGCUGCUUGCUGGUGACUCCUGGAGGACUAACGCCUGCACCAGCUGCACUUGCAACAACGGGACCAUUCAGUGUUUCUCCCAGCGCUGUCCAGCCGCCAACUGCAGGGUACCGGUUUUACGCAAGGGCCAGUGCUGCCCGCACUGUCUCGAGGUGACCACAUCAGUGCCAGUGAAAGUGACCGUCGAUACCAUCACCACUUCACUGGAGAUUGUAUUUGAGAUGACCACAGUCACUGUUCCACCCAUCACUGCUGACACAGAUGGGCUAGAGUUUGGUGAUAAUUACCCCAGCCAAGCUGAGAUGGCCCUUGUGUACCAAUCAGCGGCCUGGAUUCUGGCAGGCCUCCUCUUGGCCAUCAUCAUCUUCCUCUUUGUUGCGUUUUUCAUCAACAAGAAAAAGAAAUGGGUGCAGAUGUCCUGCUAUAGUGCACCAAAGAAGACGGUGAUCCUGAAAAAGCACAUAAACAAGAACUCUGUGGUCUACAUGGAGCCCUCCAAGGAGAACAAGUUUCAGAAUGUGAAGAACGACUGUGGCGUCAUUCACUUCUCUCCAGACAUGAGUUCCCCUUGCAAAGACAGGAUGACCAUCCCCAGGGCCAAACUAGCCAAUGACUGGACGUCACGCUAAAUAACUGUUGAAAAUGAAAGAAAUACUGCAGAUCGGAGCUGUUCUUCCUGCACCUCUGGCUGUCUCCCACUGUGGCUCUUAUAGUUACUGUACAUACACAUGAGGAAGCCUUAUUUUUUUCAAGCUUCCUUUUGUGUGCUACUUCAGUCAAGAAAAACAAAAACAAAUGACCACUUUUUCUUUCAUUAUACACCCAUAAUUAUCUGUGUUUGGACUUGGAAUGACAUACCCAGAGGUGGAUGGACAAACGGACAUGUAAAGGACAAAGUUCUUCUGGUUAAAUCAAACUUUUUGACUGUGAACAAUAUAUGUUAUUUCUGCUGCUUGUUGCCCUAUGAAAAACUGGAACUUUGGGGCAUUGAAAGCAGCACCAAAAGCUCUAGGGCAGAGGUUAGAGAUGCCAAGGAUGUUGCUGCGCCUCGUGCGACCAUCGUAAUCCAUAUGGAGCCCAGAGAGCAGUGGAGCUGCUCCAUCACAGCACCCUUGAUGUAGAAUGUGUGGUUUCCAAUCUAGUUUUUGUAUAUUUUGACAGUAUUUGUUCUAGAGGUGUUGUGUCUAGUCUAAGGCCAAGAUUAAAUGAUUUUGAUAACAAUUUAAAAAAAAACGUUUUGCACAUGUAGUAAAUGUAUUCAGUGAAAGCUCAGAUGACCAACUACAACUUUUCGUUAAGCUUUUGUAAAUUUAGCUCUUUCAAGUUGUCAUUUAGUGAUCAGCAGAGGAGGGGAGUGUUGGUGAAUCUUUCAUUUGUCUCAUAAAAAGAAAAAUGUCUUUGAUAUCAAGCUUGAUUCCAUUCCUAGACACGUGUGGAGUUAUUGUAAGUACAUGCUGAUGUAAAGGGAAAUAAUCCCAAAUGAAGAAAAAAACUAAGAAAUUUAAAUUCAAAUUAAUAAAAAAAAACAUUGAAUUUGAAGCUGCAGUGUCACAAAAAAACAAAACAGUUUAUUUAAGAGAGGAAGCUAUCUUCUGUGGAGGAAUCGUGUAGAAACAUCUCGCCGGAUUAAAACCAUAAUCUGGGAUUUUAACAUCAAGUACACAAAAAUGUUAAACCACUUACGUGGACACACUGCUGCCUCCAGUUUGGUCAAUCAAAUGUGGCAACUCCCAAAAUCCAUGUUUAUUAUUUCAACCCGAUUUUGGUGUGAAAAUUGUUGAGAAAACAUUUUUCUUUUUAGGUGUUCUCCUGCAUUUGUACCUGCUUUUUUUUGGGCUUUGAAAUGAUGAGUAAACUGUAAGCGAUUCUUUGUUCUUUGUGUUUUUUAAAAAAAAGGUAGUUUAAAUAGGACAGAAGAGGACCCUAUUUAUUUUUUCAUAGCUUUAUUUAUUAAUACAAAACAUCACUUUGUUUUUUUUAAAUAAACUUUUAGUAACCAAAGUUCCUGUGCAUUUUAGACCUUUGACCAUUUCUAUCUGAUUUUAUUUAUUUCUUGUCUUAAAUAUUGUAAAUAUCUUUCCUAGAAUACACACAAUAACAUUUUCUCUUAUUUUGAAAAAUAAAAGUGGUAUCCAAAGUG